AUCAAUUACAGCACGAAAACUCUUUAGGUCGUCUUGAUCGAGUCGUCAGUGAAGUGAAGAGAUCAAAUUAAGUUGAAACCCAAUUGAAGUUGGAGUUGGAGAGAGCCAGAAAUGAAAUCAUCAUCAUCUUCUUCUGUACCAGUGAUCGAUCUGCAGAAAUUCCCAUCAGAAUCCCACAAUCUGAUCCAAGCUUGCGAUCAAUGGGGAUGCUUCAGGAUCAUCAACCAUACUAUACCCACCAAUUUGAUGUCGGAAAUGAAGUCGGUCAUAAAAUUCCUCCUCGACCUCCCAGCCGAAGUGAAAAUCCGGAACAUCGACGUCAUCGCCGGAAGUGGGUAUGUCGCUCCGACAAAGAUUAAUCCACUCUACGAGGCCCUGGGUCUCUACGACAUCGGGUCCUCCCAAGCUGUCCGAGAGUUUUGCGACCAGCUUGAAGCUACUCCAUCUCAAAGAUACACAAUAGAGAAAUAUUCAGAGGCAAUAAAUGAACUGGUGAUGGAUAUAGGACGGAAGAUAUGCGAAAGUUUAGGAUUGGGUUCUAAAAAUUUGUUCUUGGAAUGGCCAUGCCAGUUCAGGAUUAACAAAUACAGUUUCACACCCGAAGCUGUUGGGUCUUGUGGCGUUCAAAUCCACACGGAUUCUGGGUUCCUUACGAUAUUGCAGGACGAUGAAAACGUAGGAGGCCUCGAAGUUAUGGAUAAGGAAACGGGUGUUUUCUUGCCGAUCGAUCCCAUGCCUGGAUCCCUUCUGGUCAACAUGGGCGACUUAGCCAAAAUUUGGAGCAAUGGAAGAUUUUACAAUGUGAAGCAUAAAGUGAUGUGCAGGGAAGCGAGUGUCCGACUGUCGAUUGCUCUGUUUGUCCUGGGACCGAAAGACACUCAGAUGGAAGCGCCGGCUGAGCUGCUGCUGGAUUCCGAUGAUACUAGGUUAUAUGUCCCGGUGGCUUUUGAAGAGUAUCGCAAACUCCGGCUUUCAAAGGGAAUGCACGCGGGUGAAGCCCUUUCCCUCCUCUUACAAGAUGCAAAACAGUGACUUGUAAAACAGCUAGCAUGAUAUUCUCAUUCACCUUGCUGCAAUAAAAUCAAUGUCUUUUGAUCAUGAACAACAGAUCUAGCUAGCUAGGCGUAUUUUGAGGAUUACAGACUUUACAUAUUUGUUUAAAUAUAAUAAAUCAAACCAUCUUCAAAAU